CAGGACCAUUACAUUUUGCAAGCAACAACCUAGAAGUAGGUACUUAGUAAAAAUGUUUAAGCAACUUUUUGCUAUUGUUUUUCUUGCAUUCAUUUCGUCUUCUUAUUCACAAUACAUCUCUCAAGGUCAGUGUGAAGACAGAAAUAUAAAACCGGCAAAAGAUUUUCCAGGAGUUGAUUACUAUGGAAGCCUGCGGAGAUGGUUCACUGUGAUUACUUCCAACAUCCAGAUCGACUGCCAGUAUCUAAACUUUGAAAGACCGUCACCUGCGUCCUCAAAUGUAAUUUCGCAUCAGAAAUAUGUACCAAUAAAACAAUGGUCUAAGUCUACCGGUGUAGUUACAUUGGCUAGUGGUAGUGGUCAAGGAGUUAUAGCAAUAAAAUUCGAGAAAUCUGUCGAUCCAGUGCAAUUUACAAUUCUCGGCUACAACCAUGAUCAGUUUACCAUUGAUUACAAUUGCGAAAAUAUAGACACGAAACGUAGAAAAGAAAUAUUAUAUGUAAGGAGCAGGACUAGGAGUAUUGAUGACGACAUAGCCCGAAUUCUGGAAAUUCUUAGAAAUAUGGGUCUCGCCAGUAGAAGCACGACAUUCGUUCAACAGGACAUAGCAAGCUGCUUGCCAUAGGACGACAGUAAAAUAUGCAUUAACGAAAUCAAUCAAAAUUAAACCUGUUAGCAUUAGGAACACGUUGUUAUAAUCGUAAACACUUGGAUAAUGUCAAUAAAGCAUAAUUAAUGUAAUAAAUGGCGAAUUAACUUUAA